UAGGAGCUGAGAAUAGAGAGGAAACAGCUUAUUAUCAACCAUGUUGGCUUCUAGAAUUACAGUUAUCUCCUGGUACAAUUGGCUAAGUGCUAGCAUUAGCACUAGCUGCACUAGCUUCUCAUCUAGAGUCCAAGCCCAAGUGCUAGCACGAUGCUCCUAGGUCUCUCUAUCCAAAUGUAUAUAUAUGUAUGUUGUGUAAUUAUAUAUAUAUCACCUAAUAUAUAUUUAUACCCCAAAAUAUAUACAUAUAUCUCACGUGUCCUUUUCUAAGUUGCUCAUUACGGUCCCUCGCCACCCAGGACGACUUGUUGGCCCGUCCCUCCCAUGUUAAACUAGUGUUUAUUUAGUCUCUCUGGCUAACUUGUCCUGGUCCUCUCAUUGCUAAUUAUGCUAGCUUUGCACCAACUACACGAUUCACAGUUAGCAAAUAAAAGCAUAGCCGCCCUGUCACUCAAAAGCCUGGCGAGGUGCUUGCAAACUUUUUUUCGUUUUCCUUCUCCAUCUUCCCCUUUUUCCCCCUCUCGUUCCUGGUUAGAAGAAGUAGAAGUCCUAGGCCUUGUGUUUGGAUCGAGUGCACCACCACUUCUUCUUCGCAUCAUCAUCAUCAUCAUCAUCAUCAUCGCGCCCCCACCAUCCACCCCAACAGUGCCAGUGAAGAAGAGAGCUGUUCCAGGCUCCUUGGCGUGAUCCGAUGCAAGCGUUCCAUGAAUAUGCUGAAGGGAAAAGGCUUUGACGAGUGAGUGCAUGAGUGUUUCAGGAAGGCUGAACAAAUUCCUGGGACUGACUUGCCGGCGAACUGGACCAAUGAUGGAAUUACAAACAUUACAGGAGGCCCUGAAAGUGGAAAUACAAGUCCAUCAGAAACUGGUUGCGCAAAUGAAGCAGGACCCACAGAAUGCUGAUCUGAAAAAGCAGCUCCACGAACUUCAGGCCAAGAUCACCGCUCUGAGUGAGAAACAGAAAAAGGUGGUGGAACGGCUGAGGAAGGAACUGUUGGUGAAGCAGGAGCCAGAGUUGAAGCUUCAGACGGUACAGGCCACGCCGGACGGUAAAGCCAUGAUACUGUCACCCCCCUGUCAGCCUCAGCAUCAGCCCACAGGACCUCCACACAACAAGGCAGCUCCACAGACUCUGCAAGUCACGCCGGUCCUCACCACGAAGACGCUACCUCUAGUACUAAAAGCUGCCGCCUCCACCAUACCCGCUUCCAUGACCACGCCACGGCCCACGGUCGCCAUGGUCACUGCCAUCAGCAAUCCCCCCAGGCCUGUUUUGACCUCUGACUCUCGCGGGGCACCGGUGAACCUUCAGUUGUCCAGCAAACUGAACAGUGUGGACACGGAGGCCACGUCCCGAGUCGUCCCGAAGAACGUUAUCGUAGUGCAGGCCAGCACCACCUCGGCUCAGCCUAUCAAAGUUCCCCAGUUUGUCCCUCCUCCUAGACUGACGCCUCGACCCACCUAUCUGCCACAGGUGCGCCCAAAACCCGUUACUCCCAACAACGUUCCCAUCGCCCCUGCUCCUCCUCCGCCCAUGAUGGCUGCUCCACAGCUGCUCCAGAGAUCAGUCAUGCUCACUACCAAGUUAACACCAACGCUAGCCACCUCGGCAGGCAACAUCCAACAAGUGCGCAUUCUUAACGGCCAGUCCUGCACCAUCCCCAAAAGCAUCGCUUCUACAGGAGCCAGCGCAGGUCAAGUGACCGGUAUUGUGAUCAGUGGCCCAGUAAAGACUCUGCAGAUCAGCAGCUUAAAUGCAGACAUUAAGACUGUGAAAACUCAGGGGGCUUCAGAGCAGGUGCUCACAAGCACCCCUACUUUAACAUCUCCUUCUCUUUCACCACCGAAGGUCAAACGAGAGGAGAAUCCACAGAAACUUGCCUUCAUGGUGUCUCUUGGGUUGGUCACACACGACCACCUCGAAGAGAUUCAGAGCCGGAGGCAGGAACGGAAAAGGAGAACGACAGCAAAUCCUGUGUACAGUGGAGCGGUAUUCGAGCCCGAGAGGAAAAAGAGUGCGGUCACCUACCUGAACACUCCCCUCCAUCAAGGAACGAGGAAGAGAGGUCGCCCACCCAAAUUCAGCAGCAGUGCAUCAGGGCCAGAGCUGGGCUGCCACCCCCUGCUCUCCCCAUCCAGCAGUCACCCCGCCUCCCCAGCCGCCGAGCGGCCUGAACUCGGGGGCUUCCCCCUCCCCGUCCACCCCCACUCUCUCCCUCAGCCCAGCCCCAGCUCCGGGGAUGGAGACAUCCAUGAGGAUUUCUGCACUGUGUGCAGACGUAGUGGCCAGUUGCUCAUGUGCGACACGUGCUCACGCGUCUACCACCUCGACUGCCUGGACCCGCCCCUCAAAAAUAUUCCUAAAGGCAUGUGGAUCUGUCCCAAAUGUAAAGACCAGAUACUGAAAAAAGAGGAGGCCAUUCCAUGGCCCGGGACCCUGGCGAUCGUACAUUCGUACAUUGCGUAUAAAGAAGCAAAAGAAGAAGAAAAGCAGAAACUGAUGAAGUGGAGUGCUGAGCUCAAACUAGAGCGAGAACAACUGGAACAAAGAGUCAAGCAGCUCAGCAACUCUAUAACAAAAUGCAUGGAGACCAAGAACAGCAUCCUGGCCCGGCAGAAGGAAAUGCAGACCUCGCUGGACAAAGUGAAACACUUGGUACGCCUCAUCCACAGCUUUAACCUGUCUCAGACUUUAGAGAUCUGCGCAAACCAGGAGGACAACACUGAGGACAAGACUGACGGCUCCCAGGAGCCCAAGGGUACAGUACAUUCGUGCGCCAAGCCCUCAGGGUCCAAUGCCCAAGUUGGUGCGCAGGUCCCUGCAGCUAGCACCGUUCCCAAUGCGCAGGCUGAGCCAGAGGUGGGUGAGAUGGCUGACUCAGCUGCCGCUGUAACUCCGGAAGCCGAGCCGAAAGAAUCAGGAGUCACGCAGACCAAUAACACAGCAGUUCGAGAUGACAUGGACACGACGAACGCUGCCGUGAAGCCAGCGGAGGUCACAGAGGUUAAAGAGAACGGCAAGACGGACUCCCAGAGCCCCGUAAAGGAUGGAGAAAGUCCUGUGAAUGUAACAAACUCUGAAACGACAACUCCCGAUGCCAGCAACAGCGAAGAGGCAGUCAAGAUGGACGUAGAGGACGUGGACCAUAACAAGAACACCAACAAUGGAAAAAUCUUAGAAUCUUCACAACAGCUUUUGCCAGUGGCACUCAAUAGCGUGGACAUCUCCAAAUGAGUCUUUAUUCCAGUCGACUCAACUAAGUAUACCUCUCCUUCUCCCAAAACAUUUAAAAACAACUUUUAUUGCAUCCAGCACCGGUGCACCAAGUUGCCAAUCUAUAUAUAUUAUACAUAUAUCUGUGCAUUUUAAUUCGAAAUUUGUUUCCUCCAGUGUAAGGUGAGACUGUCAACAGUGCUUCUACAUCCGAGGUGAAUUAGUCAUGUUCUUUUCAACGAAUACGCCCGAGAAAGUUGUAGAAAGGUGCUUUAUAAUACAGUGUCAUACCAAUUAGCGGACUGUUUUUAAUAAGUGAAAACCGAGAGCGAAUUCCAUUAAUAAUGAAGGAGAAGGAUAACUGAAUAUAUCUCAUCACACCAGUGUGUGCCUGCAACAGUUGCCCUUGAAACUCAUGGGGAUUGUUUUUAAGUUGUCUUAGUUUCCUUUUCUCUGGGAAGAGGGUGGCAGGUCACACAUGUCCAAAGACUGCAUGCUCUGUCCACCCUCGUUUCGCGUCCCCCAGCCAGGUCUGAGAGGACCCUUCCUAAACCAAAAGCUUCUUGUCCCGAGCUUGGACAAGUUGCGUCAGUAUUUGCCAGCGGCAGGAAGCGCCGGGGCUUCUGAAGUCACAGGCAUUUGUUAGACUGAAUCAGGACUACAAAAUGCCGACGUCUCCAUCCUGUUUUCAUUUCAUCCGAGCUGCAGAACGCAAAAUGAUAUGGCGACAAAAAGAAGACCCAUAUCGAGUACGCCUCAGACCGAACCGUCAGAAGAGAAUAACGUCUGAUCGGCGGCGCGAGGAAACGCAACCGCGUCUCUUGAUAGGAAAAAAAAAAAAGAUGCUCUUGUUUAUUGAGUCUUUAAUGCACCCGUGUGUGAAACAUUGCAGGCUCACUGUGUUGAGGGAAGGGGGAGAGGGGGGAAGGGCAAAAACAACAAAAACUAAGGUGUCCAUGUCUGAGGAGUAUUCUGGCUUUUUGUUAAUAGCAAAAUGUAUUCAGGUCUUCCUAGUCUUCACACAAAAACAAGUGCUUUUCUGUUUCUGUUUUAAACAGUAACUUGCUAUCAAAGGUGUUAAAUGGCAUCGAUUAUGCAAGGAACUCUUAGUUGCAAGCAGAAGGGCAUUGCAUAAUGAGUGUUUUUUUUUUGGUUUUUUUGUUUUUUUUUAGUAAACUGCCAAAAACAUUUUUUCCCCCUACAUCCAGAAUAUAGUUAGCAUAUUUUAUGUCCAGUCUAGAAAUAGAUCACCACUCCUUUCUUUCUUCCCCUGAAUCAUCAUCAUCAUCAUCAUCAUCCUGUAUGGAAAACAUACAGAAACCAUCACUAUAACAAUAAUGCUUCACAAUUUGCUGUCUUAAACUUGAGGGUUUGCUGUUUGAGCCAAAUUUAGUAAUAAGACAAAAGACUGGAAACCCUAGAUAUAAAGCACAAGCUAAAAUAACUAAAGCAAACACCUAUUCUCGCAAGACUAAGGCAAAGCUUUAGAAAGUGAAUUAUGCCUGUUUGUUGAUUAGCUUUAUGCUUGCCGACAUGAUUUUUUUUAAUUUUAUUUUUUAUUUUUUUGGUCCCAACAUUGUGUAAUGAAGAUGAGCUGCGAGCAGAGGCAUCUUCUUUCUGACUUCGUACCACUUGUUUUUGAGCCAUUGCUUUCGGCCUUCCCUCAGACCGAGCCGCACGUUUACUUUACCUCUUCCGCCUCGACUCCUGCUCGUCUUCAUUCAUUCAUGUCUUAAUGGUACUACACAGCUGGCACCUUGAACACGUUUACAUCGCUCUCCACAUUGACAUAUCUUCAUCCAGGCUACGUAGACAGAUUAGUUUAUUACUGAACAACAAAUAUCAUUGUACCGUGUCAAUUUUCAUGCACAAUUAUUGCUGUUUUUCAGGGUCUCACGGUUUCAGACUGUUUCACUACGACCUAACCUUAGACCUAAUACGCCGUCGUUUGUAUUAGGAGAUAGACAGACGGGAGUCAUGGAAGCAGAUUGUUUUGUAUGAACGUGAAACACUUCAAUUACCAUCUAGGAUGCGAAUUCUUUCUAGGUUGUUAUAAUCUAAACCCUGAAAGGACAUUUGAUGGCCUUCUGAGACCCCCUUACUGUCUAGUGCUUCAUAAAGUUGAGAGUUUUUUUUUUUACACAGCUAUUCCUCCAUUUACAGGUGCCUUAGAGUGCCUUUAUUCAUUAUUCCUGUUCAAUUUCCUGUCCUGCAUUAGAUAUAUUCCAACACGUCGGUCAAUCCGUCUCAAGCCCUUCGCGUGCGGCGUCCUUAAAACAGAAGCACAGUUGCAAUUAGCGAUUUUAGUCUUACUUUUAGCAGACCAAAAGUAAAAAUUAACGCGUUCCGUUCGAACGUAGACGUUUUACACCCGCUUUUAAAAUGGAAGCUUCAAAAACUUGACGUUCAGGUUAAAGAGUCGCCUUAAUAGUUGUUUUCUAGGUUUUGUUCAACACUCACAACAAUAGUGUGUUUAUCAUAGUUACUGCACAUGGUUGGGAUAAAUACGGAAAGGAACCAAGUGGCGUAAUCUGACGUUUUGCGUAACGGUGCAAGGUUUUUACUUGUGUAAGCGAUUUUAAGGAGAGGGGUUUUGGGGGUUAUAUGUGAGUUUGACUUUUUUUUGUUUGUGUAUUCUGUGGUUUAUGCACUUUUAGCAGUGAUAGUAUUAAAGGUACACCAAGAAAUAUCCGUCAGAACAGGACGUCGUCUCCCAAGCCUUGUACUCAUCACCCGGUACUAUUACUUACAGUCUAAUAUCGCUCAUUAAUCGCUCAUUAAUCGCUCAUUCUGUUGAUCCACUACUUGUGAUUAGCGCUUUACUACCAACGUAAUACACCUAAUUCUUUUUUUUUUUUACUGUUCCAUCAGGUAUUCAAAACACAACCUAGGCUUUGGCGGAGGCGAUCAAAAUAAAAACCCCACCACACGACCAAUCAGUUCAAUAGCAAACGCCACCUUAUGCAAGGUUAUGAAAUGUUUUGUCGAAUCUUUGAAAUAUGCAUUUAGCUCCGAGAUUUAUUUUGUAACUAUUUGUGUUACUUUACAUUGAACUGGCAGCAAGAUGAAAAAGAAAAACGGUACAUGCAUGCUGUGUGUCUAGAAUUUUUUUAAAUUGAUGAACAAACAGACUCUUUCGUUCUUCUGGAUUUUCUGGUAUCUCGGGCCCGAGAAUAAAAUCAGUCGAUCACUGGAACAGUUACGUGCGCUCGCGAUUAAUCUGAAAGCCACCCAGCUUAUCACCAAUGUGGAGUAUUUCAUCACCAGUGGACCAUUUUGUUUUUAUUUUUCUUAUUAAUUUGACAUCUGACUUUGGUACAUGUGCCAUUGCUGAAUUACAGUUAGUCUAGAUAGUUUAGCGAGUGACGCGUGCGUGAAGAAAACGUCUUACUGGAGUAAAGCGGUGGCGAAAACGCUACGAUCAGAAAACCCAAAGACACUGCAGAUGUGCAUUUUUGCUACGAGGAACAUUAUUUUACGUUUCUAAAUACAUAUCACUGUCUAGUUCUCUUCCAGCAUUAUGUUCAACGUCAGACUUCUUCGGGUUUUUCUGAGUCAUUCCUCGCUGCAGUGUAAUCUGGGGUUUACGAAAUGAGAGAAUAGGGACGACAUUUUAUGCAUAUAUGGGAACAUUUGAUUACAGAUCCAUUCCAGCUGUACAUCUCAUUAAAUCUGCUCAUCCAUAUUCACACAUGUGCAUUAUAUUCCCUCUGACAGUUUUUUUUUUUUUUUCAUAUAUUUAUAUAUAUAUAUAUAUAUAUAUAUAUAUAUAUAUAUAUAUAUAUAUAUAUAUAUACUCCGUCAUGAUUGUGGCCUUCUAGUAUUGUUAAUACAUUUCAUUAUACAGUAACUUCCCUGGUAUUGUACACCUCCUUUGUAUGCGUGUAUGUAUGAAAGAGAGAGCGCGUGCCUGUGUCUUUUACCUCAUCUGCAGUCAAACUCUUGAAAAUCGGAGUACUUUUGUUUACGCGUGCAAAAAAAAAGAAAAUGGAAAAAAAAAAAAAGACGAAAAAAGGAAAAUCUUCCACUAAAGAAACACAAGAUGCAUUGUAGCGAUUUGAGUAAUUACAAACCCGUUCACCUGGUGUGCUGAACUAUGUGUAAAUUGUUUAUUACACACAAUAUAAAUAUUUGUAAAAUUGUUUGUAUUUUUCAUAAUGGUUUUAAGAAACGAAAAAAAAACGGAGUGCGUUUAUUUUUAUGAAUUCUUUCUGUUACAGAACUCUUGCUUUGUCUUUUUUCGCCUGACAUCGUGAGUGAAUUGGUCGGUUCUCUUACCUCUCUCAUGUAUUUGAGCCUGUGCUGAGUUGUUUGUAUGCAGUGUUUAGAAAUACUGUAGGGAACGUGAGACAAAAAUUGAUAUUAGGAGCAAUUGAUCAAUUUGUAUUUAUUUAUUUUAUCAUUUUGUUAAUAAAUUUACCAAGAAACUUGGUCUGCUACAUAUUUUAAA